CAACAACCCUUCCCCCUCUUUUUAAGUAAUUCUCAGUGAGGUCGUUGACGAAUGUUCUCUUUACUUCUCUGCCUUCGUUCUUUUCUCUCCUUUUUCUGACUGGUGUAAAAGAGGGGACCCGCACCCUGACCCACAAGUGGGCCCGAUACCUUCUCAGUCAGUCAGUCAGUCAGUCAGUCAAACAAGUCUAACAGGCAAUGCGAGCCCGCAUAAUACCGUGGCUGCCGAACUCGCGGUAAAGCAGUUUGACACGCACGUGUUCGAACCGGGUAACGACACAGUGUGUCUUUCUUUAACUGUUUUUGCGGUUACUUUCUUAAAUUGAAGAAAAAGAAGCGAAAAAGAAAGAGAAAGAGGGAGAAAAGAAAGAAAGACAGAGAGAAAAUGAAGGAAGCAAAGAUGAUACUGAGAACAUUCCCUGGGGGCAUCGCCCUUUUCCUCCUACUUAGCGGAUUGAUCUCUGCUCAAGACGACGAUUCUUUAGCUGGUAGUUUCUUAUCAGGUCUAUUGGAUUCUAUAACAAGUACAGCCAAUAGUGCAGAUUGUCCAGGAGUAUGUGUGCACGCAUUUGCAACAUUAAUAUGUUACGAAGUUCUUGAACAUGUACAAUGCCCUACUAGUAUGCGAUGUUGUAUUGAGGCACCUAUAAAUAGUACCGGAACUUCUGAAAAUAUUGCCAAUGACAAUGAUUCUACUUCAACAGUUGUCACUACCGUUAAGACAACGAUAACUACAAGCACACCAACAACAUCUUCAACAGCGCUUACAACCGUGUCCUCGACAGUUUCCUCAAAAACUACUUCUGAAAGCCAAAAGGAGACAGCCAAUAAAACGUUAUCGAAAACGUGUUCAGGAAUUUGCAUGGCAGAGAGAAUUGCUGAUUACUGCGAUGCGAUUUUGGUAAUAGACACUCUCUCUCUUUGCAAGCCAGGAUACAAAUGCUGUGUAUCCAGAGACGCGUUCGGAGAUUCACCACCACCGGAAUUGUUAGUCAUCGAUCGAACAAAUUCAAGUCGCUUCGAAGAGAAGACGGGUGUCAAUACAUCUUACAAAGGUUCUUCACCAACUGUAAGACCAAAUAUGGUUUCUCCUACGAGUAUUUCUAGCACUACAGUACCAACAACGACCAUUACAAUGACAAAGCAACCAACAACAACAACGAUAAAACCAAAGAUCACGAUGAGAAAACCGUGUAAAGGUGAAUGCGUUAGUGGUUUUUUCGCUCUUCUAUGCGAUAAAGUGGAUGGGGAAGCCGAAUGUCCUGACGAUGGAUCUUGUUGUGUUAUCGAUGCUUUUUUAAAAACAGAAACAACAACAACAACAACAAUGGCAACAACGACAAUUGGAUCAACUACGAAACCGACACAAGCAAAAUUACAACCGUGUCCUGGAUUUUGUUUAUUAACCAUUAUGGCAGCCUUCUGUGAACGGCCAAAUUUAAUAAUUGCGAAGACUGCGACCUGUCAAUCAGGAUAUAUUUGUUGUGAUAACACGAAGAGUUCGCCGCAGACAGUAAACGUAGUGACACCGUCUUCUCCGUAUCAGACAUCAAGGCCAAGGCCAAGGCCCACAUCAAGGCCAUCGAUCACUACAGUACCUCUACCACCAGAUCUACGCCCAGAAUGUCCUGGAUCAUGUAUUGUUUCUUAUUUAUCGUUUACUUGUUUCAGAAAUGCUGAAUUAACGAAUUUGUUUAAGUGUAAAAAACAAGGGCAUCAAUGUUGCGCUCCAAAAUCAUUGAUACGAGAAUUUAAUGGUGGAAAUUCUAGUGAACCAAUUUUAAGUAAUAGAAAUGAUACCAUGUAUGUUACCUCAAGACCGUACACAACACCACUUACGACAAUUUUAUAUGAAACAACAAGUACGACAACUAUGAGAAGUCCUGUGUACAGUAAAUAUGUAUGUGGUGUAAAAGGAACUUCCCGUGGACCAAUUCAAGUACGUAGUUCUGAAAGAGAAGCACGCGUCGUCGGAGGAGAAGAUGCAGAUGCUAAUGAAUGGUGUUGGCACGUUGGUCUUAUCAAUGCCCACAAUCAAUAUCUUUGCGGUGGUGCAUUGAUCGGCACGCAAUGGGUAUUGACAGCUGCACAUUGUGUAACAAAUAUUGUAAGAUCUGGCGAUGCAAUUUAUGUAAGGGUAGGUGAUUACGAUUUAACGAGGAAAUAUGGAAGUCCUGGUGCUCAAACUUUGCGCGUAGCAACUACUUAUAUUCAUCAUAAUCAUAAUAGUCAGACCCUUGAUAACGACAUAGCACUGUUAAAACUUCACGGGCAAGCAGAACUCAAAGAUGGUGUUUGUCUAGUAUGUUUACCAGCACGAGGAGUUAGUCAUACAGCUGGUAAACGAUGUACCGUUACUGGCUAUGGAUAUAUGGGAGAAGCUGGCCCAAUUCCGCUUCGAGUACGCGAAGCUGAAAUACCAGUUGUAAGUGAUGCAGAAUGUAUACGAAAAGUAAAUGCUGUAACUGAAAAAAUUUUCAUAUUACCAGCGAGUAGUUUUUGCGCUGGUGGUGAACAAGGCAAUGAUGCAUGCCAGGGAGAUGGAGGAGGUCCAUUGGUAUGCCAAGACGAUGGAUUCUAUGAAUUAGCUGGACUUGUUUCGUGGGGAUUCGGUUGUGGGAGAUUGGAUGUUCCUGGGGUUUAUGUUAAAGUUUCGGCAUUCAUCGGUUGGAUCAACCAAAUUAUUUCAGUAAAUAAUGUUUAGCUUUUUCAUAUUUUAUUUAUAAAAAUUAAAAUAUUUAUUUAUUAAAGAAUUAUUAUAGUACCUUUACGCGCUUGAUGAUGUAACAUUUCAUGUUACGUAUCUAGCAAAAUGUUUACGAAAAAAUAUUAAAAAAAAAUUAUUUAAUCAUAUAAAUUAUAAUAUCUAAAAGAAAAAUUUUUUAAUGCACAAUGGAAAUACAAUAAUAUGUGCAAAAGAAAUUUCAAGAUAUUAUAUAAUAAUAUUUAAGAUAUUUAAAAUACAUAUCGUAAUAAUUAAUAA